GGCGCACAAACAUGGCGUAUUCCGCACUAGAGAUACUUUCAUCCUUAUCGAUUCUGGUGAGAUAUGAGAACAAAGGGCACAUGAUAAGAUAUAUUUUUGAAAGUGAAACUGGAAUAUAAAAGAUGCGAAGUUGCUUCUAGCACUUAGUCAGUUUCACUAGGAACCCAAAGAUGAUUCGUCAGGUCUGCCUUGUUGUGUUGCUUUGCACCGUUGGUGUCUUCUCCAGGACUCUUGAGUCCCCCGAGACAGACCCCGACUGGUAUGCCAAUUGGGAGGGCUUCAUUGUUGGUGGUCAGAAUGCUGCUGCUGGACAAUUCCCUCACACUGUUUCUCUGAGAUCCGUUGCUAACAGCCACUUCUGCGGUGCUUUCAUCGUGAACAACAGAUGGGUUGUCUCAGCUGCUCAUUGCACCAUCAACCGUACUCCUGGAAAUACCAGGAUUAUCGUUGGUGCUCUUCAGCUCAGCUCAGGUGGAACCAAUAUGGCCACAGCCCGUAUUGAGAAUCAUCCUAAUUACAAUGGAAAUACUCUCGCCAACGACAUCUGUGCUCUUCAGACCUCAGCCAACAUUGGCUUCUCCAAUACCGUACAACCUAUGGCUAUGGGAUCUAAUCAUGUCGGCGGAGGAGUCGGAGCUACCGCUGCCGGUUGGGGACGCAUUGGAACCAAUCUGCCCCUUGCUAACACCCUUCAGUGGCUCAAUGUCCAGACCCUUACCAAUGCGGACUGCCGUGCUCGCCACAACAUCAUCAACCGUCAAUUCGUCCACGACAACACCAUCUGUACCUUCACACGCCAAGGUGAGGGUAUGUGCAACGGAGACUCUGGAUCUGCUCUCUUUGUUGGAAACACUGCCAUUGGUGUCGUUUCCUGGGGUAUUCCAUGUGCUCAGGGCUUCCCUGAUAACUUCGCUCGUGUGUCUUCUCACCGCAACUGGCUUAUCGGCCAUACCGGAUAAACCUCUGGCUUGAAUGUCUCACGCUUGUGAAAAGAACGUCUCAACAAUAAAUUAAAAUGCAUUCUACAAAGAAA